CCAUAUGGCAUGUUGAAAAAGUCCAGCGUACAACUAUAUGGAAAUGACAGAUAUGAAGGUUUCGGGAUAGAAUUAAUCGACGUCCUGUCAAAAAUGUUGGGAUUCACGUAUACAUUCCUAAUCCAGGAAGACGGAGUAUAUGGGUCGCUCAACAGGGAAACCGGACAAUGGAAUGGAAUGAUUAAAGAGCUAUUAGAAUAUAGGGCAGACUUGGCUAUAACUGAUCUAACGAUUACUUCGGACAGAGAAAGCGCAGUUGACUUUACAAUGCCAUUUAUGAAUUUAGGCAUCACCAUCCUGUACCAGAGUUCGACGAAGCAGCCACCUUCGUUGUUUUCGUUCGCCUCGCCCUUCUCGACCGAGGUCUGGUAUUAUCUUGGUGGAUCAUACGUGGGGGUCUCGAUACUGUUGUUUAUCCUCGGCCGUAUAUCACCGGCCGAAUGGCAAAACCCGUUUCCUUGUAUCGAAGAGCCAGAGUUAUUGUACAAUCAAUUCAGUAUCAAGAAUUCUUUCUGGUUCACUAUAGGAUCGCUCAUGCAGCAAGGAACUGAAAUUGCACCGAUUGCUGCUUCAACGAGAAUGGUUGCUAGUAUUUGGUGGUUUUUUACACUGAUUAUGGUUUCGUCCUAUACUGCGAAUUUGGCUGCUUUUCUUACUAUAGAACCAACAUCAGUCGCCUUCAGUAAUGCCGAAGAAUUAGCCGAACACAAAACUAUCAAAUAUGGUGCCAAGAGGGAUGGAUCUACCGUCAAUUUUUUCAGGGAUGCCGUCUACGAGCCCUACCAAAAAAUGUACCGGGUGAUGAUGGAUAACCCAGAUCAGAUGACAUCGAGUAACCCUGAAGGGCAAGCCCGUGUCAAAGAAGGAGGUUAUGCAUUUCUCAUGGAGUCGACGUCCAUCGAAUACAUAACUGAGCGUCAGUGUGAUUUAACGCAAGUUGGAGGGUUAUUAGAUGACAAAGGAUACGGAAUUGCUAUGAGGAAAAAAUCUCCAUAUAGACAUACAUUGAGUGCUGCAGUACUAAAACUUCAAGAACAAGGUACAUUAGCACAAAUGAAGAGGAGGUGGUGGAAAGAAAAGGACGGUGGAGGUGCUUGUACGCCUGACGCAGUAGCAUCAGGUGGUGCUGAUCGUUUAGGUAUACCAAAUGUGGGCGGCGUGUUUGUGGUACUCGUAGUCGGAUCUGCGAUGGCAAUUUUCAUAGUGCUUGGAGAAUUAAUUUUCAAUGUGAUAAUGAAAGCAAGAAGACUCAAGACCCCAAUAAUGACUGAAAUGAUUGAAGAAUUCAAGUUCGUAUUCAGUGGAGCAGACACUAAGCCGAUGCGGUACAGAAGUCAGAGCAGGAAAAGUUCGGCUGAACGCAAGAUUUAACUGGAAUCUCUGAUGGUAGUGAUGGAUCUGGCCAAGACCGCGAUGAACCCUUACCUUAUGGUUUUUCUGUUCUUUUGGGAAGUAAAAAGAGUCAACUUGAUGUGUUCAGAC